CGGCAAAGCAAAUACUGGAGGAACAAUCUAGCUAUGGAAAUGAGCUUGAAGUCCGUGUAGAUCGAAAAAAGGUCAGUGUUGAUGAUUCCUGAACACUCGGAAUCAAACAAAACGACAACAUCUUUUACACAGAUAAGUUGUGCAUCUUUUUUCUGGCAAUUUCAACAAGUGCACCUGCACAAGAUCGGAGGUGUUUGUGAUGGCUGUUGCAGCUUAUGCAGCUUUACUUUCUCUUAAGCAUGACUUCGACAAUAUCCAGCAUCCUGUUCGUCGCCAUCGGCUUCAUGUAGACACAGAUCGAAUUCAAAGCUGGCAAGAAAAAGUAGAGUUCUUGCUGGAGUUCCUCGAAGUUCAUUCUCAAAGUAAAAGCCAAGAAAUAGAAGAUCUGGCGAGGCAAAUCGCUGUUGUUGCGGUUGAAGCAGAUGAUGUCAUUGACCGUCAUGUAGUGGAUCAACUUUGUGAAGGAUCUCAAGAUGAAAGUCAUGACCUUGCCGCCCUCUCAUCUUUUUGUCAAGAUAUAGACAAGAUAAUUGAAAAGAUUGAUGGGAUCACCCAAGAUUUGAUGAUGAUUAAAGAGAAAUGGGGCGACAACGUUCAAGAGAAGAAUUCUGCAGUUUCCGUACCAGUUAGUUCAAGAACACUUCCUUCCGGUGGCAACGAUACUAUGGUGGGAUUUGAGGAAGGCUUGCUUCAGAUCAUGGAUGUGCUUACUAGCGAUGAAUCUAACCUUCAAAUUCUCCCAAUUGUUGGAAUGGGAGGGAUUGGUAAGACCACUCUUGCUAGAAAUGUUUUUAAUAAUCCAUAUAUAAUCAACCGAUUUGAUAUACUUACUUGGAUAACAAUAUCUCAAGAAUACAGCAUGAAAGAAAUUCUUUUAGGCCUUUUGAAUGAUGGAAGUAUAAAAGAACGUGCAGAAAUAGAAGAGUUAGAAGCACUUCUGUAUCAAAGAUUAUUUGGCAGAAAGUAUUUGAUUGUUAUGGAUGAUAUUUGGAGUAUCAAAGUUUGGGAUGAUUUAAAAAAGUUCUUCCCGGAUAAUAGGAAUGGGAGUCGAAUUAUGAUGACUACUAGGCUAACCAAUGUGGCUGUUUCUUUAGGCACUCUUGAACCCUAUUCGAUGGAUUUCCUAGACUAUGAUAAAAGUUGGAAUUUACUUUGUGAGAAGGUAUUUGGUGAAAAAAGUUGCCCUUAUCCAGAAUUAGAGGGAAUUGGAAAAGAUAUAGCCAAAGGCUGCAAAGGGCUUCCUCUUGCACUUGUAGUAAUUGGUGGGCUCCUUGCAAAUUCCAACAUGCAACGUGAAUAUUGGGUGUCAAUUGCGAGAAAUGUGAACUCAUUUGCCAAUUCACAAGAUAAUGAGCAUUGCUUAAAAAUAUUGCUUUUGAGUUACAACAACUUAUCUAUUCAUCUUAAAUUAUGUUUUCUCUAUAUGAGAGCUUUUCCAGAAGACCAUGAGAUUAAUGUCUCCAAACUCAUCAAGUCAUGGAUCGCUCAAGGAUUCAUAAAACCAGUAAGAGGUAAAAGUCUGGACGAGGUUGCAAAGAAAUACUUGAAAGAUCUUGUUGAUAGAAAUAUGAUUUUAAUUCAUAAAUGGACAAGGAGGGGAAAGAUGAAAACAUGCAGCAUCCAUGACCUUUUGAGGGAUCUAUGUCUCAAAGAAUUUGAAAGAGAAAAUCUUUUCAGUGUCUCUAAAGUCGAACACAUUGAACUUUCAGGAAAGUUUAAAAAUUAUGUGUGCUGUCUAUGUAGUCAUCCAUAUCCAAAAGAAAGGAUACAUCUCCAAGCAGUUCUUGUUGGCUCGCGAUCUGCACCAUCUAGUCCCUUGGUGUGCGAGGCCUGUAGAGUUAUGCAUCCAAAUCUUAUUAGAUUAAGAUGGGUGAAGGUAAUCAACCAUGUUCAUGGCUUUUCCGGUGAAAAUUUUCCGCAACACACUAGAUUGCGGUGCCUUACUAUCAAAGCAUCUCGUGAGGGUCAGGGAGAUUGGGCUGAAGCGAAAUUUGUAUUUCCGUGUACAAUUUCUUUACUAUGGAAUCUACAGAUUUUGGUGCUUGAUUUGGAGUAUUCAUAUUCUCAUCCAUUAGUUUUGCCGUUUGAAAUUUGGGAGAUGCCACAACUUAUGCGUCUCAGUGUUGGAGGUUUUAGUUUGCGUGAUCCACACAUGCAUCAACUUGAGAUUACUUUGGAAAACCUAAGUGUUCUUUCUACAAGAACUUUCAAGUGCAGUGAGGAAGUCAUCAAAAGAAUGCCAAAUCUGAAGAAACUACGAAGUAGCUAUUCAAACGGCUUAGUGAAGGAUUCGCACUAUUCUCUUUGCAAUCUUGCCCAGCUGAAUAAACUUGCAUCACUCUACUUAGAGCAUUAUUCCCUGUCGGAGGGCAUCGCCUUCCCAACUUCACUCGAGAAGUUGACAUUGUCUCGGUGCAGUAUUCCUUGGGAAGAAAUGACGAUCAUUGGGUCAUCACUACCCAAUCUUGAAGUACUUGAACUGAAGCAUCCCACCUUCCAGGGGGCAGAGUGGAAUCUGGUAGAAGAAGAAUUUCUUCGACUGAGAGUGUUGUCAAUUUCGGGUUGUAAGCUAGUUAGCUGGAGAGUGGAGAGUAAUCACUUUCCGAAGCUUGAGAGACUUUUCCUUGAAGACAUGCAUGAUCUGAAGGAGAUCCCAUCUAGUAUUGGAGAUAUAGCCACACUGGUUUCAAUUCAUUUGGAUACUUGCGGCAAUUCAGUCCUCCACUCCGCAAUGCAAAUGCUAAACGAACAAGUUGACUAUGGUAAUGAGUUUGAACUUCUUAUAAAUGGUGAAGAUAUCUAUUCGUUGAUUCUUGGAGAAGGUAAAGAUAUGGGUUGGUGGAACCCGGACGACGACGACCAUUAGGAAUGGUAAAAUGCUUUUUCUAUGAAAAAUUAGGAAUUUGAAUUAAUUUAGCAUUAUCCAUUUGCUCAUCCCAUUUAUAUCUUCUUCCUCAGUC